CUGCUCAGGGUUAAGAUUUGCUGAGUAUAGAUCGACCCACAUGAGGUUCAUCGAUCCUACAUAGAUAUAACCGCCCCACCUUCACUUGAAAACAAAACAAACGUCAAAAUGACCCCCGCCCCUCCAUACACCGAAACCGCCCACCCCCCGCCACCACCACCUCCUACCAAAUCGCACCGCUCGGGAUUAAUUUCCAUCCUCCUCAUCUGCAUCCUGUGCACGCAGAUCAUCUCCGCCGUGCUUCUCGGUCUCUGCCUCAGCUGUCUCGGCAGUAUCGAUAAAUUCAUCGCAAUCCGCCUCCCCAGACUCGUGACGCCGACUCCCACCCCGAGCGCGAUGGUGGUGCGGUUCGAGGAGGAUCAGCCGCCGCUGCCGGUCGAGGUGUAUGGGAUUCCGCUGGUGCAUGUUAAUGGUGUGGAUGAUGUCGUGAGGGUUACGACUGAAGUUGCGUCGGUGUCGGAGGAGGAGGAGAUUCAGGGGACGGGUUAGAUGGUUAUAGGGUUGGAAGGUUGGGAGUUAGGGUCUAGUGAGGGGCAUAAGAUAUUAAUUAGGCAUUUAGUUGGGAGUAAGAAGUACCUAAGCUUAUCCAGAGUUGAGUAUUAAGCUGUUUUGAACCCUUCAUUCAGGGCUUAUUCCUUUCCGCCCUUUUCUAGCACUGUGUCUUCGAUACAAAUCCCUCAAGGCGAACACAAUUUCCCG